UAUGGAUCUUGUUGUUGCAAGUUGAACCAAAGACCUGACAGCUAUCUUUCUUUUAUAUAUAGGACUUACUAGCUAUCAUAUCCAGUACCAAACAACCCACGCACUGCGUAACAUAGCUUAAACUAGUAGUUCUGAAAUUUUGCUUGAUGGAGCAACACAAUCCAACACAUGUGGUUCUUGUUUCAAGCCCAGGUUUGGGGCAUAUCAUUCCAAUGAUUGAGCUGGCGAAGCGCUUCGUCCUUCAACACAACUUCAAAGCCACCGUCCUCGCCGUCACUUCCCAAACCUCAACCGCCGAAAAGCAGAUUCUGAACUCAGCCCUCACACCCUCCCUCUGCCACGUCAUCGACAUCCCUUCCCCCGACAUCAGCAACCUCGUCCAACCAAACGACCGCAUGGUCACGCGCCUCUGCGUCAUGAUGCGCGAAGCCAAACCCGCCAUAAAAAGUUUCCUUUCCAAAACUACCCCUCGCCCUUCCGCACUCAUUGUCGACAUCUUCUCCACCGAGUCCAUUCCCCUAGCUAGAGAACUCAACAUUCUCAGCUACGUCUACGUGGCGUCACACGCUUGGUUCGCAGCCUUGGUCCUGUAUUCCCCUUUGCUCGACGUGCAGAUAGAAGGAGAAUACGUUCACCAAAAAGAACCGCUCAAAAUCCCCGGUUGCAACCCGGUUCGACCGGAUGAGGUGGUGCACCCCAUGCUGGACCGGAGCAACAGAGAGUACAAAGAGUUUCUCACAACAGGAGGCGGAAUCCCGCUAAGCGACGGCGUUUUGAUUAACACGUGGGAGGAGCUUCAGCGUGAAACGCUCCAGGCGUUGAGAGAGGGAGGUUUGUUGAGCGAAGCGCUCAACAUGAGGAUCCCAAUCUACGCUGUUGGACCUCUCGUGAGGCAACCCGAGUCAGAAACGAGUUCCGUGACUCACUCGUUGCUGACGUGGCUCGAUGAGCAACCGACCGAGUCGGUCGUCUACGUCUCGUUCGGCAGCGGCGGAACGAUGUCGUGUGAGCAGAUGACGGAGCUGGCGUGGGGGUUGGAGUUGAGUGAGCGGAGAUUUAUUUGGGUGGCGCGCGCGCCCACGGAAGAAGCUGUGGACGCGGCGUUUUUCACCACCGGGAGUAACGCUGGUGAUGAGGUGGCCAAGUAUUUGCCGGAAGGGUUUCUGUCCCGGACGCGCGGAUUGGGCCUGUUGGUCCCGGAGUGGGCCCAACAAGCGAAUAUACUGAAGCAUGGUUCUGUUGGGGGUUUUGUGUCGCACUGUGGGUGGGGUUCGACGCUUGAGAGCUUGACGAACGGUGUUCCGUUGGUGGCGUGGCCGCUGUACGCGGAGCAGAGGAUGAACGCGACGCUGCUGGCUGAGGAGUUGGGCCUGGCGGUGCGGCCCAAGGUGUUGCCCUCUAAGAAGGUGGUGGGGAGGGAGGAGAUAGCGCGUACGGUGAGAGAGGUUAUUCCCGAUGACCAAAGUUUGACGAGCAAUAGUGUUAGAGAGAGAGUGAAAGAGAUGCAACAGAGCGCACUGAAUGCUCUGUCCGAGGAUGGUUCGUCUUAUGUUGCGUUGUCGCACGUGGCGAAAACAAUUGAAAGAGGGUGUGGAAAAUUUGAUGCAGCAUUCUAAAGAAAUACAAGACUAGGAGUGAUUAUUCUAUGUAAUAUUAAUAAGCAUAUAAGUAAGUUCUUGUUACCUCUUUAUUUUAAUAUUUUGAGUUGUGCGAAUUGAAUUUCUCAAUAUCUUUUAAUUA